AUGGUUCGGAAUGAUAAACGAAAUUCGCCGGAAUUCGGUGCUUCCGGGCCCGAGAUCGCUUGCGGAACUAGCUUUCGCGGCGAUUUCGGUCCCGGAACCACUGGCAGAUUUUUUUCCCACGAAAAGACCCAGGAAUCGUCCGAGUGUCUGCGCCACCUGACCCAGCAAGCGGUCGUCCUGCAGAAGAAGAUGAACGACAUCUACUCGAACGGCAAGCUGACGACGGGUCUGCCGCCGAUUCACAUCCAGCCACCGUCGAUGGGCUCGGUGCUGGACAUGCUGAACGCAAUCAAUGGUAUUAUCUUCGUACAAAUUAGUUCCAAAGAGAUUGCCAACCUGAAGAACGAGAUCGAGAAGCGCCAAAAGGAGGGCGGUGCCGCGGGAGAAUCCAGCGUGGCGCAGGCCAACCAGGAAGAGGUGGACAACCUGCUGACGGAGACGAUGGCAAAAACGCGCCAAAACAUCCCGCGUGGCACUGAAAAGAACACACACAAACAAAAAACCCCACUUUUCUACUGA